AUGCUCCCAUUGAACAUCGAUAUGAGUCGUACAAUUUUCAUGACGGCACAUGUAGAGAUCGGGCAGAUCAACGCUUUGUGCCGCGAAGUGCUGAACCUCUUCAAGGCCAUGCACCCGGAGACACCCUGUGAGCUGUCCGCCCUCAUGGAGGGGGCGGACUGCUCGACGAGGAAGACUACUUCGCUGGAUGUGGGCCAAGUCUUGCUGUUGGCCGAUUUGGUGGAGGCCCUCGGCAAGCCGGCCCGGGCAUGCCUUCAUGCCCUGGCAGGGUUCCUGGAGAUCUUGGAGGGCGUGGCUUACCUAUCCAGCGACAAGUUGUUAGUUGUAGUGUUUGUGGACAUCGGAUUAAAUGUCCAGAGUGUUGGAAUAGAGCUUCGUUGGCCGUCUGCUUCUACUGGCCCAUUGCCGAGCCUGCUUUGCCCGUCUGGGACCUGCAGCCCGAAAGUUGAGCUUCACAGCCCAAGCAUGCACUGCGAGGCGAGCGAAGGCUUUGGGGAGACAAGCACUCACGUCUCCAACGCAGAGGCGGACCAGGCAUCCCAAGAGGACCACCAGGCCAGUCGCGAAGUGUCUGCGAUGUUCGACUCGAACGGGCAGACUUCGCGCAACCCUGAAGAGAUGCAGAACGGGGCCACCCGGCAAGCGCCGCCCGCCACAAAUCAUCAGCCUCCAGAGUAG